AACAAUUUCUGGGUUCUUCCAACGGUCAUCCAUCGAUUACUGGAAUGUUACAGAAUGUUUUUCCAACUGAUGCAACUCAGGUUAAUCCAUUAGGUUCAUUCCCUUUCUUGCCAGUCCAAGCCAUGAGUCAGCAAGCUACAAGGCAUGCACGACGAGUCUAUGUUGGUGGCCUUCCACCACUGGCUAAUGAACAGACAAUCUCCGCAUUUUUUAGUCGUGUUAUGAUUGCAGUUGGUGGAAAUUCUGCUGGCCCAGGUGAUGCAGUUGUCAAUGUGUACAUUAAUCAUGAAAAGAAGUUUGCAUUUGUGGAGAUGAGAACGGUUGAAGAAGCCAGUAAUGCAAUGGCAUUAGAUGGAGUUGUUUUUGAGGGUGUUUCCGUCAGAAUUCGAAGGCCCACUGAUUACAAUCCUUCUUUGGCUGCUGCACUUGGUCCUGGCCAUCCAAGCCCUCACCUUAACUUAGCUGCUGCUGGACUCAUGCCUGGAGCAACUGGGGAUGCGGAGGACCAAGAUCGUAUUUUUAUUGGUGGAUUGCCAUACCUUUUUACUGAGGUGCAGAUAAAAGAAUUACUGGAGUCUUUCGGACCUUUGCGUAGAUUUGAGGUGGUGAAGGAUAGAGACACAGGAAACUCUAAAGGUUAUGGUUUCUGCACAUAUCAGAAUCCAUUGGAUACAGACAUGGCUUGUGCUUCUUUAAAUGGCUUAAAAAUGGGUGACAAGACACUGACGGUUCGACGCGCUACCUCUAGUAGUGGGCAGGUGAAAUCUGAACAGGAGUGUAUAUUAGCUCAGGCAAGGCAGCACAUAGCUAUGCAGAAAAUGGCUUUUGAAGCUAGUGGUAUGACUAUUCCUGGUACCGAGAUAGGGCCUGUUGUGACUGCUGAAAUUCCAACCAAGGUCUUAUGCUUAACUGAGGUGAUCACCCCUCAAGAAUUAUUUGACGAUGUAGAGUAUGGAGAAAUUUUGGAAGACAUGAAAGAAGAAGGCCAAAAAUUUGGUGACUUGAUUGAUGUUGUUAUUCCUCGGCCAGAACCUGAUCAAAAAAUGGUGGAUGGUUUUGGGAAGGUAUUUCUUGAGUACUCUGACACUAUCGGUUGCACUAAAGCAAAGGCAGCACUUGGUGGCAGGAAAUUUGGAGGGAAUACUGCUGUUGCCAUUUUUUAUCCUGAAGACAAAUACUACAAGAAGGAUUAUGCCUCUUAGGUUUCUGAAUAUCUUCCAUGUUUAUAUAGUCUUGUAUAGUUUUAGUGCUUGUAAUCAUCCAUUUAGCUACGGUCAAGGCUGUUUGAUAAUUUUUUCUUCUAUCACAAUUGAAAUGCUAACCUACCCAUGGUGGGUUGUUUGAGCUCUUUGAUAUAGUCUCUCUAUUAGGAGAAGUUUUUCAUGUUUCAAACUACUGUAAUGACCAGAUUUUAGAUGGUACCAGAUUUAAUAUCAAUAUAAUUCUCAAUACUACUAA